GCUCGUUGUGGCCCAAGCAGGUUGUUGCUGCCCCUGGGAAAGAGCAGGUCAGGAGUCAGGGCCCUCUGCUCUGUCCUAGCCAUUAGUGAGUAAUAAAAAGGAGUUUUCUAUUUCGUAAGGUACUUUUUUUUUUUUUUUGGCUGGCAAACCAAUUCCUCUGGAAACAGCAUGACAAAACCCUUGCCCACCUCUGGAAGGAGGCUUUAAAAAUUUCCUUAAAGCUGUUCCUCGAAAGGAAGGGCCUCACAGUAGUGUAGAUUUUUGCCCAUCUCCUGUUGGGAAUUGGAGGCUUUAAAGAAACAAAUGUGGUCAGAAUGGGAUUUAGAAAGUGGUGGUGGUCUUGGGACUUGCAAACGUAAAUGGGGAAGGUCGGUGUGGGAUGUCUCAGUUGUCUGUGGGCCUGAAGGGAAAAUCCAGUAUGAAAACCUUACCAAAAAUUAAAGAAAAUCUUGAAGUCACCGAAGUGAGCCAUUCAUCCAACCAAAGCAUGCAAGUGAAUGUCAAAGAAACACCAAGCUUGGAAAAAAAUGAGGAGAAUAUAGAAGACAGCACUGUACCGCUGAAGGAAUCUCUGAUAAUCAGCUUUGAAAGCAGAGACAGUCUGAAAAGUGCUGAUGUUACUUCAGAUACAGGAAUGACUCUUCCCACAGGUGUUUCAACAUUUCUCCUAGAGUGUUUAGAUACAGAUUCAACUGAAGAUUAUAACACAGCUGCAAGUGAAAGCCUGAACAGUUGUCCAUCCCCUGAAACAUUCAGAGAUGAGGAAGGUUUAGAGAGAAGUAAUCCUUACUUUGAGGACUUCGUUAAAUACAAGAACUCCACGCUCCUGGACUCCAGCAAGGCGGUGACCAUAGAUAAGAUACCCCAGAUCUCAAAUCUUUCAGCAAUAUUAGAACCCGUAUUGGAAGAUUUUCAAGACCAAUACACAAGGAAGAGACCAUCAAAAUGCAAUGAUGGCUCUUCAGAAUUAAGUGUUUCAACUACUCUGGCAGGUAAAGUAUCACAGGGAAAAAAAAUCUGUAAAAUUACAACUGCAAGAGAGAGAACUCCAGACCUAAAAACUGGUAUGCGCUGUUCUUCACCAGUAGGACCGGAAAGAAAGCCUGACGUUCAGACUGCUAAACCCAAAGGGGUGAAGUGCAAGAGAAAUGAAGAAUUCUCUAAUCCGUUAGAAGAUGGUGCAUCAUCACUCAGUCAGCUUGAAUCUGUCCCAGCAAACGUUGCAGCCAAAUCAGUGGGGGUGGCAGCAGAAGCACUGCCAUCCAGACAGACAGAUGCUGUGGUGCAAAUGAAUUCUACUGUGCUGAUCAUGGAGAAAAAUAAAGCCUUAGAAAACAGUGAUUAUGCUCAGCGUGCAAAGCUAGAUCCUUUGUGUUACGGAAAAGAGAUCUGCUCCAUUGUCAGAACUUCACCAGGUCGUAGGUCUUCCAGGCAUCACCAAAUUCCAGUUAACACAAAGAAGUUCUGCGUUCCUGAAGGAGUUCCUGAAGAUACUAUUACAAGUACCAAAAAUUGGAUCUACUGUAAACGCAGAUGAGGCUUCUGGGUUUCAGCAGGAGUCAACAGAAGAAGCAAAGGGAGGUGAAAUGGAAGUACUAAUGAGUAAUUAAUGGCCAUUUUUUUUUGGCAUAUACGUUAUCUGAAACUUGGUAUACUGUUUGCAGUAAGUCUGUAAAUCCCUUAUUUGUACACUUUAAUAUAAAAUUUUUUGUACAAGCAACUAGAUCUUGUACAGGGCAUUGUUCUUUAAAAGCUCCAUAAAGAUGCUUCUUCAGUUCGUUUAGAUUUUUUAAAAGCGUGACUGAAGGACAGCAGACCAAAUUGCAUUAAUGAUCUAUUUUUGGCUCUUGUUGUGCCAGGACUUCUAGAUUAUUUUUUUUAGUUUUAUUGGCAUUUAAAGAUGGGACCUCUGCUUGAGGUAGGAAUACCCAGUUUUGGGGUGCUUGCAGCAGUCAUCUCUAGCUUCUUAGAAUUUCUUGGCUCCUGUCCCCAUCAUGUUGACAUCUUGAAUUCUGUUUCUCAUUAUUAUCAUCCAGAACUUUCAUGCCCCAGAAGAUAUUUCCAUGUUCCCAAAAAGCGUGUCAAGAGGACAUAAAAUCCCCAACUUUCAUUGGUUUGACAACUUCUGAAAAUACCUGUGCAGGUUCAGACCCCACGGCUUUUCUUAUUGCUCUGGGAUAGGAACAAGAGUGGAUAGAUGCUUUUAGGUUUAGUCUAUAAACAAAUAUUGUAUAAACAUAUUGCAUGGCUCAAGGUUAAAAAUGAUGCCAUUAAACUGUUUUUCCUUUAAGCAUUAGUAGAGAAGUAACUUGCCAGUAACUUGUUGGAGCCCUCUCAGGAAAGCUUCUAAUUAUCGAUAUCCUUGUUCUUACAAAUGCUAAGCUGCUGAUAAUUAGGUAUGCAAUCUGGAGCCCCUAGGAGAUGCAGGUUAGCUCCCUGAUGCAGCUUUAAGGAAAAUUAAGUUACGUAUCUCGUUAGUUGUGUUUAUGAUGGCUGUUCAAGUAAAGGAUGAUCCAGAAUAAAAGAGAAAAGAGGUGUCUAUUGUAAGCGUUACUCUAGGAGUCCUAGGAAAAAUAUAUUUUGUCCCCAACGCAUUUUUAGUUUCUGUUCAGGAAAUAUAAUGACAAACUAAUUGGAGAGUGCAGGAGGAAAAAGUAACUCUGUGACAGUGGAGUUGGCUGCAACAGCCUGAAAACUGCCGAGUUUUGCUUUUGUUUUUUCUCAGUGUGAUGGGACUAUGUAAGAAGACAGAAAUAUCAUGAACUACGAUCUCUCUUGUCCUUCCCUUUAGUUACGAAAGUGCUGCUUCUUAUUUUCAUCUUUUGUCUGACUCUUAGAGAAAGUAUAAUUAAUUGCAAGGCUAGCGCUCUGCCCGAGGGAAGGAAAUUUUAAUCAUUCUGAGGCUACAACAAUAUCCCCUCUUGUUCCCCUUUUCUGAAAGGGUAGGCAUUUUCCCAUGUUUUGGUUUCCAACUGAAGAAUGACUACAUAAAAUUUCAUUCAAAGUGGAAACUGGCUCUUCCACGUUAGUGGAUCAAAGUUACGGGUCACAGCCAGUUAAUGGACGGUAAGAGCUUAUUUAUGCAGUGAUUCAGGAAAGAAGUCCGCUCGAUAUCAAUAGGGCUGCUCUGUCACAAACCUAGACAUGAUGAAGUCUUAAUGGCUUGAAAGGAAUCACAGUGAGUCAGUCUGUGCAAGAGCUGUGAUAGUGCUUUGUCACUAGAAAACGAGCAUUGUAGACAAAUGUUUCGGAAACGUAUUAUACAAAAAACAAGGUUUUCAUUAAUACUUUUCAGUUACUUUUGAUCCAGAUGAUACUUAUGGGAGACAAAGUGCAUGGAGAUGAUAAAAGAUGUUUUUUUUCUUUCACCGAAAUGCUGCAGGGGUAUGUGUGCCUGCUGUUGGAGUGUAAAGCCCUUACGUGUGAGAGGCUCUAUAUUUUUGUCUAUAAUCUCUGUAGAGGCAGGCCAGGCCCGACGCCCAGGGCAAUGCAGACUGGACAGAUAAAUUGAAAUUGAAAGUGUUUUUUGUGUAGGUGUAAGGAUUUGUCUGUGGGGAGGUUUUUACAGGAAAAUGGAUGGUUAAUCACAUUCAUCUCGUUUUCUCUUACUGUCCAUCAUCUCUGUUACCUUGAUGAAGGUAUGUUAACCGAGCUUCAGAAUCCCUUGCUGUUCAUUUAGGAGCUUUGGGAACAGAUUAAUAUUUUAAAGGGAUGCUGUCAACUUCAAUUUUAAUGCACUUGAGAUUAGCUCAAUCUUCAAUGCUGUGACUUAUGAAACUGUUGAAAGCUCGGUUGCAUUUCCUGGCCAAAUUCUAUGAUUUUGUAUUAUUCCCUACUUGAAGGUUUUGUUUGAAGCUGUAUUUCUAUGCCGACUUUGAAGGUAUUACAUUCUUUCACCAUGUGAAAGCCUAAAGAUCAAUCGUCUGUGUAUCUGCAGCAGGCAGGUGUAUCCUGCAUACAGAACAAAGGGGAAAAGAUGCAUGUGAACGUUAAUUCCUAGUUUCUAUUAUAAUCAUCAUCAACUUCUAGCAGGUGAAAAGCAAGAGUUCCUCCAGGUGGCUGGUUACAUCUAUCUAUAGAACGAUCUGCUGCACGUGUUACCCACUAAACUAUCCUUGUUUAAAAGUAUUUUAAUUUAACGUUACAUCACGUGCUUAGUUUAAUUCCAUUUUCUAGGGGAAAGCAAUGAAUCGUUUCUGUUUACCCAGUUCUUAGUUAAUUAACUUUCUGCUGGUCUUGUGUCUACAGAGGGAGACAGUGAAGGAGGCUCUGUUCAGUGUUGCCAUUUCGUUUAAGGCUGUGUUAAUAAAUAGUUCUGCAAAAAUAAUUAAAAAAAAAAA